ACUGAGCAGGAUAACGUCUCCUUCAACCCGCAGCACAGACUCAUUUCUCUACACACCAGCUCUGAGUGGAUGCUCAGCAGGGGUGUUUGAGAUAUUAGCGCUGUGGGGGGAAACGGCUCAGGGACUUCUACCAUCCACAUACAAAGAGCCGGCAGUCAAGAGGAAUAUGGGCAAAUCCGAAAGCCAAAUGGAUAUCAUGGAGAAAUCAAGUAAACCUGGAAAACGUCGUUGGACUGUUGCAGAGAUCGGUCUGUCCGUGCUGCUGCUUUUGGUCAGCUGUGCCUUGGCCGGGUUGGCAGUCCUCUACACAUCGGUUGUGAAAGAGCAAUCCAACAAAACAAGCUCGUCGAGGAGCUCAACAAGUGAAGGCCAGCUGUUUCGCCCCAUCCUCAACAAUGUGUGUACAACUGCAGACUGUGUUACUGCAGCUGCUCGGCUCUUGCAGAACAUGGAUAAUUCCGUGGAGCCUUGUGAUAACUUCUACCAGUAUGCCUGCGGGGGUUGGCUGGAGAGACAUGUCAUCCCAGAGACGAGCUCCCGCCACAGCAUCUUUGACAUUCUGCGGGACAAGUUAGAGAUUGUCCUCAAAGGUGUUCUUGAGACGGAUAAUGAAGAGGACAGAAAUGCCAUCAAGAAAGCCAAAGUCCUUUACAACUCCUGCAUGAAUGAGAGCCUCAUAGAGCAGCGUGACUCUAGGCCUCUCCUGAAGCUCAUCGAGAGUAUCGGGGACUGGCCUGUGGCGACAGAUGACUGGAACAUCACUACUGAGGAAGCAUGGAGCCUUGAGGACACACUGGCAAAGCUUACAGCUCAUUUCCACAAGAAGGUUCUGCUGGACAUGUAUGUGUGGACUGACGACAGGGACUCUCAGCGCCAUAUCAUUUAUAUUGACCAGCCGGGACUUGGAAUGCCAUCAAGAGACUAUUACUUCAACGAUGGAAACUACAAAAAAGUUCGAGAGGCCUAUCUACACUUCAUGGUUUCUAUUGCGAAGAUAACUCGAGAGGACCGGAACUUGACUCAGGAUGACGACCGAGUGUGGGAGGAAAUGAUGCAAGUGCUGGAGCUGGAGACAGACAUCGCCAAUGCAACAUCACCGGCAGAGGAGCGCCAAGAUGUCACCAUUCUCUACAACAAGAUGACACUUGGAGAGCUACAGAGCACAUUCAGCUUUAAUGGUUUUAACUGGACACGUUUUAUCCAAGGAGUCCUGUCCAGCGUGUCUGUUGACAUCCAGCUGGAGGAGGAGGUGGUGGUGUACAGCUCUCCGUACCUCGAGAAGAUGAAUGACGUUCUCCCCAAACACAGUGUCAGAACUGUGCAGAACUACCUCACCUGGCAGCUCACCAUUGACAGGGUUAAUAGCUUGAGCCGCCGUUUCAAGGACGCCAGAGCCCGUUACAGAAAGACUCUCUACGGGACCACUGUGGAGGAUGCUUGGUGGCGGGAAUGUGUCCGGUAUGUCCAGAACAGCAUGGAGAACGCAGUGGGAGCUCUGUAUGUGCAUGAGACCUUUGCUGGAGAAAGCAAACGAAUGGUCAGUGACCUUAUCGGUAAGAUCCAGCAAGCGUAUGUGGAAACACUGGAGGAGUUAAGCUGGAUGGAUUCUCCUUCAAAGGAGAAGGCAAGAGAGAAGGCCAUGGCAAUCAAGGAGCAUAUUGGCUAUCCGGAUCAUAUUCUGCAGAGAAGCAACCAGAAGCUUGACCAGGAGUACGCUCAUCUGAAUUUUAGUGAAGAAAACUACUUUGAGAACAUCCUUGAAAACCUCAAGUCUGAAGCACAGAAGAGUCUGAAGAAACUCAGAGAACCAGUUGACCCGGACUUGUGGAUCAUUGGGGCUGCUGUGGUGAACGCAUUCUACUCACCCAACAGGAACCAGAUCGUCUUUCCAGCAGGAAUCCUGCAGCCGCCUUUCUUUAGUAAACAUCAGCACCAGGCCCUUAACUACGGUGGAAUAGGAAUGGUUAUCGGACAUGAGAUCACACACGGAUUUGAUGACAAUGGCCGUAAUUUUGACAAAGAUGGUAAUAUGCUGAAUUGGUGGAGUAAUUACUCUGCUGAGCACUUUAAAGAUCAGUCACAGUGCAUGGUGCAACAAUAUGGCAACUUCAACUGGAAGCUAGCAGGUGGACAAAACGUCAGUGGAAUCAGCACUUUGGGGGAGAACAUUGCAGACAAUGGUGGUGUUCGUCAAGCAUUUAAGGCUUACCUAAAGUCGGUGGAGGUGGAAGGUGAGGAUCCUCGUCUCCCUGGUCUAGACAUGGACCACAAGCAACUUUUCUUUCUAAAUUUUGCACAAGUAUGGUGUGGUGCUUACCGGCCUGAGUAUGCCAGCCAGUCUAUCAAGACUGACUCACACAGUCCUUUAGAGUACAGGGUGCUCGGAUCCCUCCAGAAUUUUGAAGCAUUCUCAGAAGCUUUCGAGUGCAAGAAAGGCAGUCUGAUGAACCCCGAGCAGAAGUGUCGUGUCUGGUAGAAAGUUUUACUCUUGAGAAAAAUGUGUGUCUUGUCUUGGGCAACUCAAAUCAUAAGAGCAAGUUGUCCACUUUAAACCCACCCUGCUUAUUUCCAAUUUAUUUUGGGCAGAGUAAGAUUCUCAGAUUUUUGCAUAUACUGUAGAUGCAUUUUAAAAUGGAUAACAUCCUGGACUACACCCUAGUUCCAAAUCGUAAAGCAUGUAUAGUAUAGAAAGAAACUUGCUAGAGUAUCUUCUCAAGUUUGACGUGGUGUCUCAGGAUGAAAACGUCACUUGUUCUUUUUUUUGCUGUGUCCCACGGCAGAUGAUGAGUGGGUACAUGAAUAUAAAGUCUACAUCGAAAAAGGUUGAGGCUUGAAUGGCCCGUUUGAAAUGCUUUGCCAGCCUUUCUUGAACUACUUCUUUAAAAAAUCUCUUGUGCAGAUCUUGUGAUUUAUCCAUUAUCGUUUGGCGCUAAGCUGCCUUGGUAUCUUUACUCUAAUGUUUUGUUUUUAAGACAUUGUGCCACUUCGUAAGAAACAGUAGAGAACAAAUCUAACUCUGACUGAAGAGUGUGAAAUAAAUGAAAGCUCAGGGCUUUGCCGAAGUAAACUACAAUAGAAUUAGUCACACUCUGAGAGUUUGGUCAUUCACUGUUACAUGAAACAAAUUACCUAAAGACUUUAAGACUGUUAAAUCUUUGCAGCUUCAACCUUAAAUUAACAUUCUGAAAGAGCUGCGGCUUUCAACAUUUUUACACUUACAGUGGAUAAUAAUAAUUUACAAAGCUAUUUAGUACUUUUUGGAGGAUCAUUUUUCUAAGUUUCUUUAUCACGUCCUGCAAAAGAUUGUUGCUCACUGCAGAAAAAUGUUUAUGUGUCAUUUUCCUGUAAGAAAUCAUAUUACACACUAGUCGCCUGCUUCUUUCAUAGAUAGUGAGAAAACACCUGUGAUAAUGAUUAACAUUAUAUAUCACUCUAUUGAAUUAUUGGUUAUUGCCAAGUUAAGAUACAGGUUUGGAUAUACAGUAGGUUGCUAAUCACAGCUUUGUUGUGUGCUUGAAGCUCAUUCCCUCUAUCUCUCUGAUCCAUCAUUCCAUUCCCCCUUUUACAUCAUUUUGAGAGGAUAUACAGCUAUGAACAAACAUAACAGGUACCAUUUGUAAGAUGACACUUACCUACAUUUAUUCCAAAUGAUAUUGUCUGCUUGUAUGCUGUCUGUAUGUUUACAUUUAACUUGACAUGGUGAUUGAUAUCUAGAAGAACAGUAAUUUACUCCGCCAUGCGACCCACUGAGAGGAGAAGAACACACAGUGAUUACAAGACUUUUAACCUCUGGGCAUAGCCAAUUACUUGCUGAGGGAAAGGGAGAAGACAAACACGUGUCACACACACACACACACACACACACACACACACACACACACACACACACACACACACACACACACACACACACACACACACACACACACACACACACACACACACACACACACACACACACUCAGGCAGCAGAUGAAGUGGUUUGCCCUCUGCUCUCCCAUUGAUCAGCGCUGUGUAAGAUGAAAGGAUGAAGUGCAGUGUGCUGAAGCGUAGUGACCGCUGCAGCUGAACAACCCGCCGGCAGGCAGACACACACAGCGAAGAAUGGGGCUUGUCAUUAAAGAGAUGGCCAGGGCCAGGACUGUUAUUUUCUACCUUUAUUAACAAGUAAUGACAGGAGAAUCAAAGCAGAGCAGAACUCAUAAGAGAGGUAGUGUCUGCAGGAGAGCUUUCAAACAGCAGAAACACAAACAAACAGACGUUUUUUUUAAGGUUUGCUUGUCACUGGACACAUUCAGGAUGCCUUGGUGAACUGAACACAACUUUUAGGUCUCUACAGAGGCUGCAGAAUUGAAUGUGCAUAUUGAAGCUUUAGUCUGUCUUUACAUAUUGGCAAAUACUGUUGUGUUAGGCAGAGGACACUUUGAUAAAAAAAAGAGGAAUGUUUUGUGAUCGUGUGCUGCCAUCGCAAGGCAAGGAGUUUGACAUUUUGAGAGAUGAUUUAGUUAGAUGGGAAAUAUAUACCACUCGGAUAUAGUCUGUUAAAUAUAAGCAACAGUCAGAUGGCGAGGUUAGCUUAGCAAAAAACAGGAAAAAGGGAGAAACAGGUCUAAGGAGCAAAAACAGACUUAGAGAUACAAGCCAUUAAAAACAGAACCGAAACUGAAGAAGAAAAUAUGGGAAUUGAAAACAUUAUAUUUGGCAAACAUUGUUCAACAAACUUUGUCAUUUGAUUUACUUGAUUGGAAAACUAGUGUUAAAAGAUGACUUAUCAUCUGAACAGGACUUCUAUUCUAUCCCAUUGUACACACAAAUUAAACCAUCUGGGUGCUAGGAUUAGCUAAUCGGCUGCCGUAGCCUUACAUUUAACAGACAAACACAAGAGUAUCAAUCUUCUCAUCUCAAUCUCCCAUAGAAAGAAGAAGAGCGUAUCUCCCAAAAUGUCAAACUACUCAUUAAAACAACAAGGCACAUUUAUCUUGUCUGGUUCAGAGAAAUGCUGAAGGAUAAAUCACAAGGUACGGAUUUAUCACGAGCUGCUGUUUGAAGGGCAACAGUUUAGACUGGGCUGUUUAUCAGGUUUCCUCAAAAAGAGUCAAACUGUAGUUCAAAAAUAGUUCGCUGAACUCUAAAGGGUCAAAUAUACAAUGUGUUAUUGUAGAUACUUGAUGUUCUAUACUGCAGUAUUUACAUAUUCAAGUUUUAAAUUAGGUUAAAAAAAGAAGCUUCUUACCAUAGACUUCAGCUUCACAUUUACGUACAUGGUGACAUUAUGUCGUUUUGAAAUUACCAGCCAGGUACAAACACAUUUUUGUUAUAUAAGAGGAUAUGUAUACCCAUCAGAAGAGUUUAUUUAUCUAUAUGAAUAUUUAUGAAAUACAAUUGUUGCUUUGCAAUAGUUUAGACGUUUAACAUGUUUUCUGAAUGUUCCUGCUGCUAUGUAAUUAUCUAGAUUGCCAUUAAAGUGACUGUCUCAACUGCUCUGAUCUCAAA